CCUGGCCGGGAUGGCGGGGGGUGGGCCCUACCCCGGGGGCAGCUUGUCCCCCGUCCGGGCAGCCCCGAGGGGCUCCCCCUGGAGCGGUGCCGCGGGGGGGGGUGACCCCCGCAGGUGACAGGGCCACCCCCUGUGGGUGACAGCAUCCCCCGCCCGGGGCGGCAGCAGCGGACACGGGAAGGGGCCGGAGCCUCAGCGGGGACACCGAGAUCGACUGGAAGGCCUACAUGGAGGAGGUGGAGGGGUUUGCCAACGGGACCCUCGACUACACCCAGCUGAAGGGGGACACCGGGCCGCUGGUCUACCCCGCCGGCUUCGUCUACAUCUUCCUGGGCCUGUACUAUGCCACGGGCCGCGGCGCCGACAUCCGCCUGGCCCAGUACCUUUUCGCCGGCCUCUACCUCCUCAACCUCCUCCUCGUCUUCCGCAUCUACUGCCGAACCAACAAGGUCCCCCCAUAUGUUUUCUUCUUCAUGUGCUGUGCCUCCUACCGCAUCCACUCCAUCUUUGUCCUGCGGCUCUUUAACGACCCCGUCGCCAUGGCCAUCCUCUUCCUGGCCAUCAACCUCUUCCUGGAGGAGCGCUGGUCCUGGGGCUGCCUUCUCUUCAGCCUGGCCGUGUCCGUGAAGAUGAACAUCCUGCUCUUCGCACCCGGGCUUCUCUUCCUGCUCCUCCAGCGGUUCGGUCUCCGGGGCUGCAUCCCCAAGCUCUGCAUCUGUGCCCUGCUCCAGGUGGUCCUGGGGCUGCCCUUCCUGCUGGUGAACCCCCUGGGGUACCUGACACGCUCCUUCGACCUGGGCCGCCAGUUCCAGUUCAAGUGGACGGUGAACUGGCGCUUCCUUCCAGAAGAGGUGUUCCAGAGUCGGGCUUUCCAUGUGGGGCUGCUCCUGGCCCACCUGGCUGGCCUGGGGCUGUUUGCGCUGCACCGGUGGCACAGGUCCAAAGAGAGCAUCCUGGCUCUGCUGAAGGAUCCUGCCAAAAGGAAACACCCGUCCCCUCCCCUGACCGUCAACAAGAUCGUCUUUGUCCUCUUCUCCUCCAAUUUCCUGGGCGUCUGCUGCAGCCGCUCCCUGCACUACCAGUUCUACGUCUGGUACUUCCACACCCUGCCCUACUUGCUCUGGUGCACCCCCACCGCCAAGCUCGCCCACAUGCCCAAGGUGCUGCUGCUGGGAGUGAUCGAGCUCUGCUGGAACACUUACCCCUCCACCGUCUGCAGCUCCCUUUCCCUGCACAUCUGCCAUGGACUUGUCCUGCUCCAGCUCUGGUAUGGCACGGCCCCUCCACUGGCCCCACAAACCCCCCCGCCCGGCAGGAAGCCCCCAGCCCUCUCCAAGAAGGCCCAGUGAGACCGUGGCCGGCCGGACGAUGGGAACUGGCCUCUGGGACUGCUCCUUCUGCCCACUCUUCCCCCGCUGCCCCCAGCCACCCCGGGAGGGCCCUGAGUCCCAGAACUGCAAAGGGGGCAGCGUGGGGACCCCCCUGUGGGCAGGACUUCCCCAAUAAAGGGGGCUUCACGUGCCCUUCCCCAGCCACAGUGUCCUCAUGCUGUGAUGGCAUCAGGACAGCUGUGCCUCCACCUGCCCCACCUCGGGGGAACCAGAGGGGCCCCCAGGGCUGUGGGAGCUCCUUCCCAGCCCCACAGAGUGCUGCCCAGGGGCUCCCUUCCCAGCCCCACAGAGGAGGGGCGCAACCUCUGGGGUGAGGUUAAGACAGAGGAUCUGCAAAACCA